AUGUCCGUGUCGCUCGACCUCGAAGCCCAGCGCUCGGAGAACCUACAACAGAAGCGGAAACUGUUAGACGAGCUCAACCUCAAUCUCAACCUCGACCUCUCCUCUCAGCCUAACAGACGGAGUCGGCUAGGCUUUGAUGGACUACGACCAGCCAAAAAGCGGCGGCUCAACACCUCCACUCCUCGGGCCAUCCCGUCAAGGACCUCUGCGAGGAUAGCAGCCAGCGGGGCUAGGACAUCUUACACCGAAGAGCGCGAGCGGCAUGAGGCUGAAGGACCAGCUCCCAGGAAGUCCAGGAGACCACCCACCUCCAGAUACAGGGCGGACCAGCCACAACAAAAUCCACCACCGCCUUCUGCGGCUGUUCAAUCGGUCCAGCCUUCGUUGCCCUCCUUCGAUGCCGACCUUGCCUCCCUCCUUGAUCAGUACAACAGCUGGCAACCGGCGGCGUCUGAGCCUACUUUACUUCCUGAUGGCACGUACCAUUUCGAGUCUCACCCGACCUUCAGACCAAACAAAUCCCCUCUUUCCAUCUUGCUCGAGGGCGCCUUUGGUGGCCACCACUUCUCCCCGUGGCACAGCCGGACCCUACGCCUCACUCUAUGCGACGACUAUCUGAGGACUCUGCCCCCAUCGUGGCUGUCGCACCUGCAGCCAGCCGGCAAAUAUUUGGUUUCGCCGACCUACGAUGCCUCGUUGAACAGGUACGGCGUCACGUGCGGACAGACUCUGACCCAGUGGGAAGACGCGGGCUGGAUCAACUUUACCCACGACCCUCGCGGUUGGUUUGAGUGGUAUAUCCGCUUUUGGCUCGGUCGGCGCUGCGAUGAUGGUGAGGAUGAGAGGCAAGUUGGGAGGUGGCUAAGGUGUGUCGGCCCCAGGGGAAGAUGGAAGCGUCUGUUGUUGAAGAAGUACGUCGACCUCGGGGUUAAAAGUAUCUUCGAUGACGACGGCCGAGAAGAUGGGCAGGAGGUCAGUCCCGUCAUGCAUCAGACCUGUCAUCACUGGGCAUACCAGGUCCGUCAAGAAGAUCUAGAUGAUGCGUGGAAGGAAAAAGGAGGUUAG